ACUUUUAAUUUGGGAAAGAAACAGCAUUCACGAAAGGCGAGAUCAAUUCAUACACCGCUUACUAGUAGCCAGGGCUUAUUUACGUUGGAGUUUGGCUUCCUUUCACGUGGAUCCAGGUGUAGUGUCAUCCUCUGUCCCUUGUUUGCUUUGUAUUUCUAUGCGUGAUCGCUUAUUUUGUUCCACAAGUUCGUUGCUUGAUCAUUUCAUCGGAUACCAGAGGAAACCAUGAAUAAAACCGGAAGAUAUGAGAAUGAGUUGCCGGAUUUCUUUCCGAUGUUGCCUGAAUCACUUACUCAUCACAUAUUGUCAUUCCUCCCGUACAAGGAUAUCGUCCGUACUUCAAUCUUGUCUAAGAUGUGGAGUCGCAUCUGGUUCAAUUACCCUAACAUCGAUUUAUUUUUGCAUGAGGAGACUUACAUGUAUACACCACAUCGUCUCUCUUUCACAGAUCACAUUAAAUCUGUCAUGGAUCAAUGCAUUCUUCGAAAAGUUUGCAUACAGAAGUUGCAGUUAAAAGUUUGUGCUGGUAACCCGGAGGAGUUGGCCCCCACUAUCGAUCAGUAUUUGAGGGCUGCAAUUGAGAGGAAUGUUUCUGAGCUAGUGAUUGAGAUGAAUUUUAGGCCAACCACUUACUAUAAUAUUCCGAAGGAAGUAUUUCUCUCUAAUUCACUAAAGGUCUUAGAGCUUCAGGGCUGUAAGUUUGAGGAUAGUGUUUCCUGCACUAAUCUUCCCCGUCUACAGAGGCUCAAAACCAUGCAGUGCCUGUUUGCCGGUGAGAACUUCUUAUCCAAGAUUUUAUGUGGCUGUCCUGAGUUGGAGUAUCUGGAAGUUUUGAUUUCUGAGGGCAUGAGAAGUUUUCUCUCGGUUUCAUGUAAACCUAGAUUGAAAUAUUUUCACAUUGGGUGUGGCAACGAGCUCAAGAGGAUUGAGAUGUUUGUACCCAGUCUUGAAACGUUAAAAUGUAAUUUUGCAUAUUCAUGUUCCAUUGACUUGGCUAGUUGCACUCUUCUCAAACAUUUGGAAAUAGACCAAGCUAUCCUGUCCUCUGAUUGUGUCCCUAUUCAGUAUCUUUUAUCUAACCUUCUCCAAAUUGAAGAAUUGCAUUUGUCUAACUGUAAAUCGGCUGACAAAAUUCAAAUCUCAAGUUCAUGCCUCAAGAGACUUGUCAUGACCGAGUUACUCGAAAGCUUUCCUGGUGCUGAACUUGACAUCCCAAAUUUACUUAGUUUAAACUUCGUUUCUAUGGGUGAAUGUAAUCCUAAUAACCGGUUCAGUUCUUGGAAUGUUCCCAAGGUAGAAGAUAUUCACAUGUUGUUUUCUGUUAAAAGCUUUCAGAGUGCUUGCAGGGGUGGACUGAAGGGGUUCCUUAUGCAGUUACCAAAUUAUGAAGAUUUGAAAUUGAUUAUACGGUGCAGAGGUAAUCAGGUAAAGUGUCAUUAUGUUUUUACUUCACAUACAUUGCUACCUGAAGUCGCAUAUGUUUUUUUACUGAGAUUACAAGCUUUCUAUUUCUUCUAAAAGUAGCAUGCCAUCCAUGCGAGUAUAACUCUUUAGGAUCAUGCGGAGUAUUUUCUGUCUUCAUUUUAUCAUGGGAAAAGUCUGAAUACACCAUUUUGUUUAGCCCAAAGAACAAUUAUGCUCAUUUUGUUAAAAACUUUCAGUUUCUCUGAAUAAAAACACCUCGUUUUCAUGGCUCAGCUCGAUUAACAUUCUUCUUUUUAUCUCUCUCGCUGCCUCUUACUAGAUCUCAUAUCUAUCUUCUGUUGUUGCCUCCAACAAAUAGUAUCCUCUCGGGCACUUACAAUAAUUCUUCUUUUGGUCGAGACGAUGAAUGAAACAAAGUAGAUGCCGUCUGUUCUAGAGAUUUCUUCGAUGAUCAGAGAAGGUUGUUGAGGUUGUGGUCAUCUGUGUAACACUCAUCAACAUACAAGAAAAUGGAGAAGCAUAUAAUUAUACAUGCAAGGUUUACUGUAACAUCUUUGAGUGGUUCAAUGGUGGUAAGUGACAAGGGUUCUCGUCCAGCUAAUGCACAUGAUAGAAAUUCCAACGAAGAUCAGUUGAAUAUAUGAGAUCUACAUUUGGUGCCAUAUUCGGACUACUCAUAGUUAGCAGUGAGAAGAAGUCUAUCCCUCAUUAAAAAGGCUGAAAACUUGAUCCCGAUACUUAUUUGGUCGGCCGUCGAUGGAUCUAAUUAUGCAUGAGAAACUGCACACUGUGUCCUUUUCUUCACUGAAUAAAUUCUUAAAAAAGGCAAAGCCAAAAUUUGUGUUCAUAUCAUCUAGAAGAGUUGAUUCGUUCUUGGCUCGUUUGCUGGUUUCUACAAAAGGCAAUGCUAGUCUAUCCAUGAUAUUUUCUUCUCGCAGGAGCAUAGAGUUGCUGCACGAGAAAUUGAGCAACGCAUCAAUACUGAAGCAUUGGUUUAGGGAAUUUCAUCUGGUUUCUAUGGAGGAAAUGGGGUAUGAAGCUGACUCUGAUGUGAACCUAUUCAUGAAGACCCAUUCAACAGGUUACCACACUGCUAGACUAAUCCUCAUCAGGAAGAGUUGGAUGGAAAUGAUCUGAGGACAAGAAAAAACCUCUUCUGAAAAGCGAUAGGCGGUGGCCCCUGGCCGGGCUUAAUCGGGCCUAGAACAAGAAAAAACCUCUUCUGCAGCGUGCUUAUAUUCACAUCAGUCAGAUGAUACUUGCCGUCUGUAACACUGCGCUACUGCAAUGACAAUCCAUUCUAAAAGGCGUUGAGAAUCUUUACAUUCUCUCAAAAUCGUUAGUUUUUGAGGACAGCUCUCCUCCAAGGCCUUGGUCCUUUUCUAGAACAAUUUGCAGCUUGGUUUUACAUUAUCAAUCUUAUCACGAGAUAUCAGAGCCUCCAUUGGGGAUGAUCUAACUAUUGAAACUUAUAUAGUUUAUACUAGUGAUAAAAAAUUGAACUUAAUAUUUGGCCAUAAAUGAAGUUGACUUAUUAUGAUUCAUAA